CAGCCCAACCGUCCGUAUAGCAACCCCAAUGUCCACCAUUUGUACAGGCGCAUUUUUGAAUUUCAACGGUCACUUUCUGCUUUCUUCUUACUCUCCUGCAAGAAACCCUCGUUUCUUCUUCUUCUUCUUCUUCUUCUACGAUCUUUGAUCUGCGAUGGGGGCAAAGGAAGGCUCUCGAGUCUCAUCUGAUCGUGAAAAGUGGGAAAAAAUUUUCAACGCUCUCGUAGAAAUGGCACGGACCCAGCAGACACAAAUUGAAUCUCUUGUUAAAGACAGAAAAAUUCUCGAAGAUCGCAUCAAAACGCAGAACGAGCGUUGGGUCUCUGAUGUUCGUUUCUUUGAAGAUCAGAUCUCCCAGAUGAAGAGAGAUUUUACAACGCAGGAUAUGACGCUAGCCCUUGAGGUGGCGAAGGCAGAUUUCGCGUUGGGUUUGAAGCAGAGAGAGGCCUUUCUAUACAAUCUUAAAUUAGAAGAGGUAUACGAUGAAUUGGAAGAUUUCAAAGCGUUGUUUGAAUUCCUCUCUCGCAAAUGCUCAGAACUAGAAGAAGGAGGUGGAGAUGGUAAUUUAAAUACUGUUAAAAGCACCAAGAAAGAUGAGCGACAUGCUAAGAAAUUGGAAGCUGAAGUAGAAAGGUUGAGACAUGAAUGUGAGGAGCUUUCUUCUAAAGACAGUGCCGAGCUAUCACUCCUUGUGUCGGAGCGGAAUUUCGUGUGGAAUCAGUUGAAGACAAUGGAAAGUGAAUACGCCAGUCAAUUGAAGACAAAGCAAGAUGAGAUUGAACAGGCAAAGCAGAAGAUUGAGAAACUUCUUGCCAAUUUGGAGCAACUGGAGUCAUCAAACAAUGAAAAGGAUGAGACAAUUGUUAACUUAAAGGCUAAGGUUGCUAGUAUGGAGGCUGCAACAAAUAAAAAGAAUGAAGAAAUUUCCAGAAUAUCCAAGAAAUUAGACUCCUUAAAAAAGUCUAGAAGUGUUUCAGUUACACCUGUAUUAAGUCGCUGCAAGGCAGAAUUGAGCAAGUCUAGGUUGGGAAGCAAGAGCACUGGCACGAUCAGGACGAAUAACCCAGUGAAGAAAGAAUUAUCUGAACAGUUGAGGUUCUCUGGACAGGGACGCAGAAGCUUAAAGAGAAAAGAAAAAGAUGCUAUUUUCAUUGUAGAGACUCCAAAGUUGUUCUCAUCUGAAUUCAAAGUUCCCAAAUUGAAGAAUGCUUCACCUUUUGCAGUUUGAACCUUCCUCGCCAUCAUUCACCCCCCCCCCCCCCCCCAAUUUUUUUGGGUGUACUUCAUUCGGGAGGCGACUUUGUAUCAGCAGAUUCCUUUGUUGAGCUUUACUAAUCUUCCUAACCAUGUUUCAUGUAUUCGAUUGCUGUAAUUAUGUAAAUUGUUUCAGGCUUGGCUGCUCAGAACAAAUUAAUCAUGAAACUUCAUUUUU